AUGGAAACUUCCACCAGAAUAAAUUUUCAGUACGAAGAUCAAUGUUGUAAUAAGUACGUUUCACAGUUACUGUAUUUAUGUAUUGUCACUGUGCUCAGUCUCUUCGGGAUUAAUGCAUUCUUGGGAAUAAGGUUACAGUAUGUAUGGGUAUUAAGAGCGAUGCGAUUCGAUGGCGAGGAGUUAAGUAGGUGCAUCUGUGUUGGACGACAGGGAAUUUCGAUUAGCCGACACGACAAGUGAGAAAAGUUGGUCCGGAUCGAUGCCGAUCAAAGGGACGAUGGUAAAUUGUGAAGCCAAGCGAGAUAUUUGUCUCUUUUAAUACUUUACCCUCUUUCAUGUUAGUUUAGUUUGCUUAUUUUGAGAAAUUACUUUUAAAUAAUAUUCUUUUUUUUCUUUUUUUUUUUUUAGUGAUGCUAAUCGAAGAAACAACAAACAGAGAAGUAAAAAUGAACUCGACCACUUCAUACGUUUGUUCGAACAUUAAAAUGGUGAAUGUCCAUUUUUAGGCUUGUAAAUACAAUGCAUAA